CCUUACAUCAAAUAUGUUUAUAUAUGUAUAUAUAUAUAGUAUACAUAUAUACUAUAUAUAAUAUAUACGUAUACUAUAUAUGUAUAUAUAUAUGUGUAUAUAUACAUUCUUCGCGUUGCUAACGAUUAUUAUGGAAACUAUGGAAACGCGUUUGCUCGUCAGUGUUUGAAAGAAAAUUUCUAAGAUUAGUUACCAAUUAUUGUAUAGUUUUAUCGUGAGCGUAAUACCUACGUUCGUGAAAAAUUCGAAUGCGCCAAUUUUAUCAAAAUAGAAUCUUAAUUGGAUGUAAUUUUUAAAUAUGAUCGUUCAAUGAUCGAUAGUACUACUGACAGUUCGAUCAAUCGAAUUUUCAAUUUUUUUUAUUAUAAAACACGAGGAAGAUACAUGUGGAGAGAUACGAAGUAGCUAUUUACGUCACUUUAAUGCGUUUCUCUGUGACAACAACGAACCGCGACAUUGACGAUCGUUCUACUUGUAAUAAGUGGAUAAUUAUGUAUUAUAGAAUAUAAAAGGGGUAUACAUAUGUAUAUAUGUAUAUAUAUAUAUAUAUAUGUAUAUACAUAUAGAUAUACGUAUUAAAAAUCUAAAUUUCUAUAGAAUUCUAGAGUAUAUAUUUUUCGUAAAAAAAAAAAAAGAAAAAAAAAGAAAGAAAAAAGGACAGUAAGUAUAGUUAUGAUCAAGAAAAUUUGGACUUUUUUUAUAUUUAUUAUAAAAAUUAAUUAUUAUGUUGAUUUCAUUAAAAACUACAGAAAGAAUCAUAGAACAUGGAGUGCUCCAAUGAUGUCGAAGAAGUUAAUAUUAAAAAAUGUAAUGUAAUUUGCAAAAAGAAACAUUUAAAAUCAUUGAAAAGAUAUAGAGAAGAUAAAACGUUUAAAAGUCUUCAGACAAAACGAGCUUUUCGAAUAAAGGACACCGAUGGUAAAAUGAUAACGAUCGCAAGGAUAUCUACGUUCAAUUAUCCCCGAUCUAGCAUAGAUCCUCCUUCUGAAAAGAUUUCAAGAAUAUCACAGUGUUCAAUGUUAACAAAUAAAAAGAAGAAGGAGAAGGUCCUUUCUUCUCAAAAGAGCAAACUUUAUUUGUCUCUUCGAAAAAAAAGAGCUGAAUUUCGUCAAUCAUUGAUCAAAGCGAUAACUAUGAAGAAAGAAGAAGAAGAAGAAGAAGAAGAAGAAGAAGAAGAAAAAGAAGAUGUGUGUUUCAAUGCAAAAGAGUUUUGGCUUACGAAGAGCGAAGAGGAUCUUUUGAGAUAUCAUUAUUACGUUCUUCAUGCGAUCGAUGACGUACACAUCAAAUCGAUAGACAAUAAAACAUUGAAGAAUAUUUUAUAUUUGAUUCCACUUAAAUGGCAAACGAAAUAUCCAGAAAUUUUAAAUGAAGUCGUUCAAGAAACGAAGAAUGAUUAUAAUUUGACUAUUAAAAAGGCCAUUAUUGAUUUCGUUCUGCAGGAACCUUUGAGAGACGAUUACAAAUUGUUCGAAAAGUUAUCAAAAACGAAGGAGAGUGAAGAGAUCAGACGAUUUUCAUUGGAAUACAAAUGUCGAUAUAGAAGAAGGAAAUCGAAAAUCGAAAGGAUCACUAUUCUUUACAAUAAUUAUAUGCAUAAAUCUUUGGAUUAUUGGAUCAGAGAAUUUAGUAAUAAAAGACAGAUCGACAUAGAAACGUUAGCGUCUAAUGGAAAGCCAUAUGAUCUUGGGAGUUUCGAGUACAGGGUAAUAAGGAUGCUUCGAAACAUGAGGAAUGAUCUCGAGACAAAUUGGUUGCCAAAAAUUAAAGCUGUGUUCUGUAAUGUAAGAUAA